AUGUCGUCGGCCCAAUUCGCGAUGAAUUUAGACUUCCAACAGAUGUUCUUCCAUUUGCGACCAAGACCUCUCUAUACCCCCGACACAAUGGAACAAUUAGAAAAUACUUACGACAACGGUAACCUAGGAGCCAACGACUUCGCCUAUGAAUUCAAUAUUAAUGCAGCUACCAUGAAUGGAACUAUCGCCGAUGCUACAAACACACGAGAGGAAAUGGUCGAUAUCACAUAUGAGGUGCCGGGUGCUGGAAGCGAAGUGUUAGCGCCAGUGUUCAGAGAGGGCGGAAUAAUGUAUGGAAUCUUGGCCACCCGAAGUCCUAAUGGCCAGAAGUUAUACCAAAUGAACCCCAGUGUCCCCAAGAAACCGGCAAAAGUAUUCGGCGACAACAAUAUCGCAGUAGGUGCCUGGUUCGCCAAUAGAUUGGUGGCACUUCACCGCGGCGCCCAUGGAUUGAAUGUUGGAGGCAUAUGCGGCACUGUUGGUGUCGGUACCUACUCCAUUGUGGUCUCAGCUAAAUAUGCAGAUCUUGACGAGGAUAAUGGAGAUGUCCUUUUCUAUUCUGGCGCGAAUAGCCAUAACAACCUAGAUCCGACGCGACCAGCACCAUCCACUGCGAUGACAAACACUCUCAAGACAUCGUUCCACACCAGAUUUCCAGUCCGCGUCUUGCGAUCAGGCAGAGCAGGUUCGAGAAAUUAUUGGGCGCCCGAGUGCGGUCUCCGGUACGAUGGAUUGUAUCGGGUUGUCGCGUUGCGUUUAUGCGUAAACGCCAGAGGUGGACUUUAUGAACAAUUUGUCCUUCACCGAGACCCGGAUCAAAUCUCUCUAGAGACACUACGCCGUGUUUCACCAACGGUACAAGAGAAGCUUGACCUAGCAGAAUUUAAACGAGAAUAG